GUCUUUUACUAUCUUGGUGAGCUCAAUGACUCCUUAUCAUAUGCCCUGGGGGCUGGACCACUGUUUGAUGUUUCAGAGGAUUCUGAUUAUGUUCAUACACUUCUUGCUAAAGCUAUAGAUGAAUAUGCCAGUCUUAAGUGUAAAGCAGCAGAAUCAAGUGAAUAUGCAGAAAAGGUGGAUCCUAGAUUGGAGGCCACCGUUGAAAGAAUGCUUGAUAAGUGCAUCUCUGAUGGGAAAUAUCAACAAGCUAUGGGGAUGGCUAUUGAGUGCCGAAGAUUGGAUAAACUUGAGGAAGCGAUUAUUAGGAGUGAUAAUGUUCAUGGAUCUCUUUCUUAUUGCAUUAAUAUUUCUCAUUCCUUUGUUAAUCUCAGGGAAUAUCGUCGUGAGGUUCUUCGUCUCCUUGUCAAUAUAUUCCAAAAAUUGCCUUCCCCUGAUUACUUGAGCAUUUGCCAAUGUCUAAUGUUCCUGGAUAAACCUGAAGAAGUCGCAGGAAUAUUAGAAAGACUUUUACGAUCUGAAAAUAAGGAUGAUGCUUUGCUAGCCUUUCAGAUUGCAUUUGAUCUUGUAGAGAAUGAGCACCAAGCUUUUCUGUUGAAUGUUAGGGAUCGCCUCUCCAUUCCCAAAUCACGAUCUUCAGUGGCUGAGCAGCAUGGAUCAAGCGAAGCAGAUUCUGCUCAAAAUCUAAAUGCUUCUGCUGGCGAUGAAAAUCGUACAAGUGCAUCAGAUGAUGUUCAAAUGACAGAUGGUGCUGUUGCUCCCAAUGGGGACAUACAUGAAACGGACCCAAAUGAGGUGACUUAUGCUGAAAAGUUGGCAAAGCUCAAGGGGAUUUUGUCCGGGGAGACAUCUAUUCAGUUGACUUUGCAGUUUCUAUAUAGCCACAACAAGUCGGAUCUUUUGAUACUGAAGACAAUAAAGCAAUCAGUUGAGAUGAGGAAUAGUGUCUGCCACAGCGCAACAAUCUAUGCCAAUGCUAUUAUGCAUGCGGGAACAACCGUAGAUACAUUUCUUAGGGAAAAUCUGGAUUGGUUGAGCAGAGCUACAAACUGGGCUAAAUUCAGUGCCACUGCGGGGCUGGGUGUUAUUCACAGAGGUCACCUGCAGCAAGGGAGGUCACUGAUGGCACCUUACUUGCCACAGACGGGGGCUGCUGGAGGUGGUAGUCCGUACUCAGAAGGUGGUGCCCUUUAUGCUCUAGGUUUAAUCCAUGCCAACCAUGGUGAGGGUAUCAAACAAUUCCUUCGUGACAGCCUUCGCAGUACCAAUGUUGAGGUUAUCCAGCAUGGGGCAUGCUUGGGUCUUGGUUUGGCAGCUAUAGGAACUGCUGAUGAAGAGAUCUAUGAUGACGUCAAGAAUGUCCUUUAUACUGACAGUGCUGUGGCUGGUGAAGCUGCGGGCAUUAGUAUGGGCUUGCUAAUGGUUGGAACUGCAAGUGAGAAAGCCAGUGAGAUGCUUGCAUAUGCACAUGAAACCCAACAUGAGAAAAUUAUCAGGGGGUUAGCUCUUGGAAUUGCCCUUACAGUAUAUGGUAGGGAAGAAGAGGCAGACACAUUGAUUGAGCAGAUGACUCGGGAUCAGGAUCCAAUUUUGCGAUAUGGUGGUAUGUAUGCAUUAGCACUGGCCUACAGAGGAACAGCAAAUAACAAGGCUAUUCGUCAACUACUGCACUUUGCAGUGUCAGAUGUAAGUGAUGAUGUAAGGAGGACAGCUGUACUAGCUCUUGGCUUUGUGCUUUACUCUGAACCCGAACAGACUCCUCGCAUUGUAUCCCUGCUCUCUGAGUCCUACAAUCCACAUGUUCGAUAUGGUGCGGCUCUGGCAGUUGGCAUUUCCUGUGCCGGUACUGGUUUGGGUGAAGCUAUAUCUUUGCUUGAGCCUCUUACAUCAGAUGUUGUGGAUUUUGUUCGUCAGGGGGCCCUCAUUGCAAUGGCCAUGGUCAUGGUUCAGACGAAUGAAGCCAGUGAUCCCCGUGUUGGAACAUUUAGGCGACAGCUGGAGAAAAUAAUUCUUGAUAAGCAUGAGGAUACCAUGAGCAAGAUGGGAGCUAUCCUGGCUUCUGGAAUUCUUGAUGCUGGUGGAAGGAAUGUGACAAUCAGGCUGCUGUCGAAGACAAAGCAUGAUAAAGUUACUGCUGUUGUUGGGCUUGCUGUUUUUAGUCAGUUUUGGUAUUGGUAUCCCCUUAUCUAUUUCUUAAGCCUAUCAUUCUCGAGCACUGCAUUCAUUGGGCUCAACCAAGAUUUGAAAGUUCCGAGGUUUGAAUUUUUAUCACAUGCAAGACCUUCUCUUUUUGAGUAUCCCCGACCAACUACUCUGCCCACAACAACAUCGGCUGUGAAACUUCCUACUGCUGUUCUGUCCACCUCUGCGAAAGCCAAGGCUAGGGCUAAAAAAGAGGCAGAGCAGAAGGCUGGUGCUGAAAAAUCAUCUGGGGAGGAAUCUUCUUCUGUUUCUAAUGUGGGGAAAGGAAAAUCAUCUAGUGAGAAGGAUGGGGACUCUAUGCAGGUUGAUAGCGCAUUGGAAAAGAAGGCAGAAUCCGAACCAUCUUUUGAAACUUUGAUAAACCCUGCCAGGGUUGUCCCCACCCAAGAAAAGUUCAUUAAGUUUUUGGAGGAAAGCAGAUAUGUGCCUGUGAAGUUGGCUCCUUCAGGGUUCGUUCUAUUGAAGGACCUACGACCAACUGAGCCAGAGGUACUCUCUUUAACGGAUACACCAUCUUCUGUGGCCUCAUCUGCUGGAGGGUCAGCAACUGCUCAACAGGGAUCAGGAUCUGCUAUGGCAGUUGACGAGGAGCCUCAGCCUCCUCAGCCAUUCGAGUACACCUCAUGAUUGCGGUCUUCGUUUAAGUUUAUUUGGGGAGUGAGACUUGUUUUUUACGCAAACGAGGUGGUGCUUUAUGUGGACAAUGGAGAAACAUUUGAGCAAUCACUCUUUACUGGGCAUUGUGAUAUGAGGGGGAUGUUCCCUUUCGCCUCUGGUGAGUUAGUGGGCGAUUUCAUAAGCUUCUCCUGUGAAGCUGCUGCUGUCUGUUUCCCCUCAAUUGAAUGAAGUGAUGCAUCAGGGGAGCAGUGCAAUGAUUCUGAGAUCGGAUUCAACCAACUGUAACAGAGAAAAUUGUUUAUUUCCAAAAUACCGAUAUUGAACGAGGACAAGGGUGCAAUAGCAACCUUUUCUUUUUUUGUAGGUUGUCUUGUCUUCCUGAGUUAAAAACAACCAAAAACUCACUGAGCCGUCUUAUUUGCUUUCAUGAAGUUUUGAAAUCAAUCAUAAUUCCUUAGGGUGUCGUGUA